UAGAAGUCAGGGUUUUGGUACAAGUCGGAAUUUGACACAGAGGGAAAAUAUUUCACCUCCAGUAGCCGUUACUUCAAUUGUGGACAAGUUAAUCAAAAUGAAAAUGGUCAGUCUGAAGAUUUGGGCUCAAUGUUUCAGAGGCCUCUUUGAACUAUUUGCCUCAGAGCGGAAGUCUGGCCUGAAGAACAUUGUGUGCCUAAUUUCACUUUGCCUUCUGAUAGGGCUGGGGACCAGUGGCAUACUCUUUAUAUCUUUGCGAGCAAUUCACUUCAGCCUUGUAGUAAGUCUGACAGUCUGUGGAAUAUUUGCUGCCAUCAUUCCUGGUGCUUUGUUUCUCUCAAAGCACUUCAGAUGCUUUACUCUGAUUGUCCUCAUCUCCUGUGGAACACAACAAGGACGGAACGCUCUGAUCACAGCUGGCACUGGUGUGGUGCUCUUCAAUUGUGCCCAAAACAGCUUUCAUAAUUUAAAAGGAUUGGUAGAAAGCUUAGAAUGCAAUCUGGAAAACAUGCUGCCAUCUAUUAAGAAUCUUCUGGAAAAGUACAUUAAAAUUCUAGAGUGGAUUCGUGAACAGAUCCAAAAAUUACCACAAAAUGCAUUCGUCAAGUUUCCAAUUCAUUUUGAGAUAAAAUGCAGUAUAAGAGAUGAUAAGCUAAAACAAAACCUUAAUGAGACUAAAGUUAACCUGGAGAGCCUUGCUAAUCACAUGAUUUCAACAUUGGACAUGGUUUCCCAACUUUGUAAAGGAGUAGUGAUCAUAGUAGGCAUCUUACUGGUCCUAAUAUUCACUGGUUUAUAUAUCAAGCGAUAUUUGUCCAACAUCAAGUUUGAAAACAUAUAUAUCACAAAACAGUUCCUGAAUUUUGAUGAGCAGCAGAAAGAACAAGGUAAGCCUCACCUGCUCCAACUAACCAGAAAAGAGAGGAAAUCUUUCAUAAAGAUCCCAGCAUUCUCUUUCUCAGAAAGGGAAAGAAAAACCUUGGCAAGUUUCUGUGUUCCCAUCCUCAUCAAAGUGUGCAUUUGGGGAAUAGUCAUCAUGCUGGAUUACGGGCUAUUCUUGCUUAUUUCUUCAAUAAGAUAUCACCUGGAUCAUCUGCCUCCAAUCAACAUUACCAUGGACUUCCAAUUUGUUGAAGAAAUCAAGAUUAUCAACAUUCCAGUAAGUCGGCAUGAAUCCGGAGGAAAAUUCUCGUAUGAAACUCAUUUGUCCAAAGACGACUGCAUCCCUCAACCAACUCUGACAAUAAGCAAGAUAUGGCCCCCACUUGUUGCAAUAAUUGCUGUCUUACUUGUACUCACUUUAUUCUCUGCAAAAUUUACAAUAUUGAAAGUAUUGGUUUUGUCAUCAUUUUACGAUGAGACAGAAAAGAGACGAAUAGAGUUUCUACAUGAAAAAAUACUACGGAAAAGAGCCUUGGUCACAUUAAUGAAAACAAAUGAACCUCAAAACUUCACAGAUGAUAAGGUCUCAUUUUGGUUUCCAAUCUUCAGAAUGAAGCAAAGAAAGGAUGGCUUACCACAGAGAAGAGAAUUUCAAUACCAGAAUGCUCAUAGGUUAUGUGUUGAGCUUUGAAUAAAGAUGAAUUGGAAACUAGGCAAUUUCACUGGCCUAGCACUUCAUGUGAUCAUGUAAUAGACCAUUAUAAUCAGUGAUAUGCAUUCGGUGCAGUAAGCUCUGUGUUCACAUUUUGCAAAAUAUCUACUCUCUAUAAUUUUGGUUUAUUUGAAUUCAGUCCAAAAACUGUGAUAAGUUAUGGACAUUCAGUGAAGGGGAAAGUUAGAGUGAAACCUUUUGACACAACAUCAACAAAAUGCUACAAUGAGAGCAGGUAUGAGGGACUCAUAUGAGAUCUAAAAUAGUUGACUGAGAGUAGCAUAGAUCUUGCAGCUGCUCCUGAGAUUGCCAACCUAUUUCUAGAAAUACUUUUAGAUUUCUUACAUUUAUUACAUUUCAGUAGUAUAAGAUUUUAUUUUGAUUCAUCUUUGAUUCUUUUAUAGUCAAAAACACAAAACAACAUUUGUUUUUUCAAACGGAGUUGCGUUAAUGGAAUUUUUGAAAAGGUCCACACAUAUCUUAUUUCUCGAUUUCUUACAGUUAUUAGAUUUCAUUUGUACAAUGUUUUUAAUUUAACUUAUGCUUGGUUUGUUUAUCGUGAAAAACACAAAAAAAAACCCAAAAAGCCCAAAAAGAGCAUGUGAUAUUUUUUAAAACCGAGUAGUGUUAACAGAGCUUUUGGAGAUGCCUACAUGUGGAUGGCUUGUUUUCUUUUUCUCUAAAAUUAUAGGUGUAGAAGGAGAGAUUUUUUUCAAUAUCGCAAAAGAGAUUUUUUUUUAAAUUGCAGAAGAAAGUUUUUUUUAAAACCGAGUUGUGUUUAUGGAACUUUUGUAAAGACCUACAUGUUGACAGAUCCGGAGUGAGAUUCUUUUUGUAUCAAAAGGUUAAGAGCUGUCUGCUGGACCAUUUGAAGAGGAGUUUUUUUUUAAUUCGAUUGUUCAGCUAAAGUGGUUGUUUUUAUUUAAGAUUUGUAUGUUUGAACAGAUAUUCGGUUUUGUGUAAUGUUGAAGAGGAGAGUCUCUCAGAGGAAAGUAGAAGAGGCAGUCAGAUCUUGGGCACUAAGAAUGAAUCUUAUUAGAUUAGAUUAGAUUACAUUACAUUACAGUGUGGAAACAGGCCCUUCGGCCCAACAAGUCC